GUGUGGCUAUGCCUUGCGAAUGCGCGAAGAGUCAGUGUAUUUCCGAUUUCUGAGUGCGGCUGCAACAGCAGCAGCAGGCAAAGUCGCGCGACAUUUUAGCAACGAAUUCAAGUGCAACGCAAUGCAAGAACUGAAUAUGAACCAGAGUAUGGCGCUCAAGUAAAGCACAGACGUAGUGGUCGACAAACCUAGCAAAUCAGCAAGCCUCCACUCUUGACAACUACUAAACAACCGUAUAGCGCCUCCCGCAACACUGUCAGGAUGACAGAGCAAAAGAAUCAGGUGACACGCGCAGCGCCGGAGCAGAGCAACGACUACCGUGUCGUGGUCUUCGGUGCUGGUGGCGUUGGCAAGAGUUCCCUGGUGCUGCGUUUCAUCAAGGGCACCUUUCGCGAGAGCUAUAUACCCACCAUAGAGGACACCUACAGGCAGGUCAUCAGCUGCAAUAAGAAUAUUUGCACACUACAAAUCACGGACACGACAGGAUCACAUCAGUUUCCGGCUAUGCAGCGAUUGUCCAUUUCCAAGGGCCAUGCAUUCAUUUUGGUCUACUCCGUGUGCUCCAAACAGAGCCUGGAGGAGUUGCGGCCCAUCUGGGAGCUAAUUAAGGAGCUGAAGGGCGAUGUGAACUCCAUACCGGUCAUGCUGGUAGGCAAUAAGUGCGAUGAGAGCACUGAGCUGCGCGAAGUGUCGCAAAUAGAGGGGCAGGCGCAGGCGACCACUUGGAGCAUAUCGUUCAUGGAGACAUCGGCCAAAAUCAAUCACAAUGUGACCGAGCUGUUCCAGGAGCUGCUCAACAUGGAGAAGACGCGUACCGUUUCGCUGCAGCUGGACACAAAAAAGCAAAAGAAACAGAAAAAGGAAAAGAAAUGCAAGGAGACCAAUGGAGCCAUACCAGAGAACGGGGAGGCCAGUGCCAGUGCCAGUGCCAGUGCCAGUGGCGCCGGAGUCAAGGAGAAGUGCGGCGUUAUGUAACCAGUUUGGCAAGCAAAAUUAGUGACAGACAAAUACUCGCAUUGGGACAUUGGCAGGACUUGAGAACUCACCCCUCACACACA